AUGAGCAGGCUGCAGCUGCUGAACGUCUUCCUGACGGAGCGGCUGACGGCGGCCGUGAAGGAGAUCCUGCAUGUGGUGGAGGACACGGUGACGGAGUACCGGGAGGAGGCCGUGAGAACCCGCAGGGAGAACCAGAGCCUCCGGAGGCAGCUGCGGGACGUCCUGCUGCUGGAGGCCGAGCCGCAGCGUCCGAGCGACGGCCGGGAGGGUCGACCGGAGCCGGGCAGCUCCGGAGCCUCCACAGCACGGUCGACCCGGUCCAGUCUUGGCUUCACGUCUCCUGAGCAGCAGCCCUGUGAUCCAGAACCGAGACCCGGCUCAGAGGAGCCCGACUCCCCCCAGAACCAGACCAGACAGCCACCGGUGAGCUCAACCAAGCCGACUCAUGAGCCGGUGGUUUCUGUUCAGCUGCUGGCGGUCCAGAGCGAGACGAUCCCGAUCUCGGUACCGGUAACGGUCCUCCUGCCGGUAGACGAGAAGCCCGAGUCCUGGGAGCUGGUACUGAAGCCGGAACCUCAGAGGGAGGAGUUUGGCGAAGCUUCACAUCUUCCUUCUCUCUCCUCCCUGAAUCCUCCCUCCGCCUUGGUUCCUCAAAUCCACAUUGAAGUUCCCGUCCUCCGAGAGGAUCCGCUGGGCCUGGCUACGAUCAAAAGCGAACCUGAGGAACUCAGAGUGAGUGACCCCGAAGGUCACACGGACUCUCUGACUCUCGUCUCACAGGAACAGUCCGCGGUCAGACACCGGUCCGUGGUGGUUCGAGCAGACCGGCGUGAAGCUCACCGACACAAGAGGAGUCAGGAGAAGGUUGCGGCGGCGGAUGAUGAUUUGGCGUCGGCCGGUCCCGUCCCCGAGCUCGUCCACCGCUGCCCCCGAUGCGGCGAGGCGUUCGGCCACGCCGGCGGCCUCCGCCUCCACCUGGAGCAGAAGAGGAAGACCUACGCCUGCGACUGGUGCUGCAAGUCCUUCGCGCAGUCGGCGGACCUGCGGCGCCACCUACGAACGCACACGGGCGAGCGGCCGCACCGUUGCACCUUCUGCUCCAAGAGCUUCAGCCAGCGGGGGAACCUGCGGCGCCACCUGCGCAUCCACACGGGGGAGCGUCCGUACAGCUGCCCGUUCUGCUGCCGCACCUUCAGCGACGGCGACACCAUGAAGAAACACAAGCGCACGCACUCGGGGGAGAAACCGUACCGCUGCGUCCGCUGCUCCAAGAGCUUCGGCAGCGCCAGCGGCCUGCAGAUCCACUUAAAGAGGGACAUGUGCUUCGUGGCGAACGCCUAGAUCGGUUCAGGAGAGCGAGAGGCUGCAGGAAGUUCUCAGAAUAAAUGUUUAUUGCGAAUAAGAAGGAUGUGGGCAUCACAUGCCAGUGGGCGAUCAAUACCUAUCUGUAUAAAUAGAUCUAUAAACUGAUCAUUCUACUCCGCUGAUGGGGUCGUCGUGGAAACAGAGUGCUCGCCCUCAGGUCAACACUGUUAGCAUUGUUAGCUGCUGGCCUCCGGCUCAGAAGUCGCCAUGUUGAGAGCCGUGUGGAGGCAAUGGAUGCUCUGAAUCUAAAAUGUAGCACCGUAAACUUAAAGGAACAGUGUGUGAGAUUUAGUGACAUCUAGUGGUGAAGUUGCAGAUUGCAACAAAUGAAAUACUCCUCAGCUCCCCCUUCCCUUUCUAAGAACUACGGUGGCCUGCAGGUAGAGAAAGUUAUCUUUAGAGUUUUAUAACAACUAGGAGCUACUCUUAUAUACUUAGCUACUCUGUUCUUCUAUAAGACUAAAUAAUUGCUUUUAAAAACAUAUAUAGAAUUUAAAAACCAAAUAAAUUCAAUGAUGAUGGACUAGCGUCGCUCCGGUGCUGUUUAUUAUCUAUUUAGGCGACUAUACAUUUGAUUUACAUUGUUUUUCCAUCAAACGGAGGUUGUCUGCUUCACACUUGAUGAGCUUUAUCUCCACUCAGUCGAGGCGAGGCGUACGGUAAUAAAGCUCAACACUCAGCAGAAACAUUCAAUGUCCACUCAACCCCGACACAGAGAGCAGAGGAGAUGCUGCAGUGUGACAAUAAAUUACAUCAAAACAUUAAAAAGUCCUAAUAAAAGCCCCAGUAACACUGUGGCUUAUCAAUACUAUAUUAUUUAAUUAUUUAGCACCGGGGCCCGUUUAAUACCAGGUUCUUGAACGCAUCACUACUUUCAGAUAACGUAAAAAAAACAUGAAAGUCUCUCUCUACAGCCAGUGUUAAAUUUAAGCUAAACAUUCUUAGUUUCAGGUGAUUAUACACUGAUUAAACAUAAUUAUGUUAUCAUUUAUUUAUUUAUUUGUUGUUAUAUUCAAGUACUUCCCCUAAAUGUUACACACUGUUCCUUUAAGAUACAACAAACAUACUGUUGGGUUGUUUAAUCUGUAAUAAAAAGUUUUAUGAUAUAAAAUCUUAAUCUAGUAACAGAUUGUGUAGUAAAAGUAUAAAGUAGCAGAAAGUUCAAGUACAAGUACCUCAAAGUUGUGUCUGUCAUCAAGAAUAUAGACGAAGUAAUGUUUGACAUUUCUGCUGGAAAGAUCAAAUCAAUCAGCAGACUUAUUGAUUAUCAAACUGAUGAAUCCAGCUGUUAUAUGAAUGAACAUUAAUCUUUAACAUUCAACGUUAUGGGAACAUUUGAAUGUUGACGAACAUGAAGAGAGAACGUUGAUGAGCUAAAAGGAGUUUGGUGGAUCAGCUGAUGUUUCCAUAGCAACGCGUCUCAGCUGUGAACUUUGACCUGAACAGACUCUAACGUUAUCAUGUGAGGAGCUUCUGAUAAAAAACACGUAAACAUGGACGUGUCUGUCGCCCGCUGGCAUCGCUGACGAUGAGAAACUGAAAUCAUUCCUGCUGAGAGUUGUUUUGUUUGUGAACGGGACAGGAAGUAGUUCAUCGUGUUUAUUUAUUUAUUUAUCUACUGACAAAUGGACACUGGAGACAAACUGUCCACACAAGAGACAACAUCACAGUCAGCUCUUCUCAUUUCUAUCCCGUGUGCCUCCUCAUCUCCUCUCCUUGUCUCCUCUCCUUGUCUCC